AUAGUGAACUUGGCCAUAAGUUUUCGUGUUGCCGUGGGUGAAUGUCAGAAUUAUCGUGUUGUGCUGAACAGCAACUUUGAUAUGAGAACAGUUGUGCGUCACCAAGCAAUAUCCUUCUGUGCUCAAGUGGACAUAAUGUACUUUCCCACUUUCAGCAGUGUGCUCAUUAACCUGAGAGGACGUGCACUCGCGUGGUAUUGAUGGAAAGACUCGGCAUCACAAUGCAGCAUGUAGGAAGUCUUUACUGUUCAGUCAAUGUUGUUUUGUUGCUGUUAAGGAACAUGACUGGACCCUCGCAUACUUAUUGAUCUUCUAUGGGGCUUUAGGUCUCCUUUGAAAACUUUGUCUCGGGUUUGGGACAUAGACGGUUGCGGGUUUUUUGCUUUUGUGUCCCUAAAAUUGAGGGUCAUGACCCUGUAGAAAUGACUCAAUUCUUGGCCAGGUCCUGACCAUCUUAUGUUAUUUACUUCAUCCCUAAACCAUUUGGGCCCCUAAAGGGGCUUUAAAAUAGAGGUUUCAGUUUCAGUUUUUAGUGUCUAUGGAUUGAGUAGAAUGUGGAAUGAAUGUUCUAAUAAAUGAGAUUGUGAGAAGCCCAUACCAAAUUCUACAUUGUGGCUUGGUUAAAUCCAGUAAUCCCAGAGUUCAGCUGGCGAUUUUACAGUUGUUGUUUUUUUUCAUUCACUCAUUUGUUCCGUCAUUGUUAGCCGCCUUUCUCGGCGGUUCCGUGCAAACCAAGGUGGUGUUUAAUUAAAACAACUCAUUGAUUAAUGCGCAUGGCUUCUUGUCUGGUUGAGGCCUGACUCACACAGCACAUCCUGCAUGAGUCACCCUGAUUGAUUUUCUUUUAUGUCCAGCCUUGUGAAUGAUAAAAUCUUCCAUUGCUUUCCCUUUAGCAGCAAUUUGCUUCAAUUAUCAGUCUUUUCUUCACGUAUUUGAAAGUACUUUGAAGUAAACAUGUAGACUUGUAUCGAGCGGGCAUUACUCAUUUGUGCUGAUUCAUCUCUUCAAAGCUGAGUCAUGCAUUUGUCUACAAGGUUCCUGUGAUGUGCCUAGUUGAUCAAUACUGACUGAGCUCAUCACUUCCGCAACAUUGCACCAGUCGUGUUUAUCUUGCAUGUAAAUGUAGUGACUUCUUGCACAGAAAUUUACGUUCAGUGUCACAGCCUGAAAGCCCAGUACAGAUUUUGGCCAUUGAAAACCGAUGUUGGUGGGUAGCAGGUAGCGGGACGAGGCAGAGGAGUCAGGGAUCCUGGGGAGGAGAUGUUUGGGUGGAUCGUGAGAGGCACAGGUCGGUUUCAGAAGAAUCAAACGAGGUCAGACAGGCAGGUGAGGAUAAAAAUCAAAAGUUACGUCUCAGAUACAGAAUGGGUGACGUUGCCCAGUUUUACAGAUUACUUCCUUGUUCUGCUGAUGGUGCCUGUGAUAAAACUGUAGAACUGUGCAAAUAGAUCCGAUCUUCAGGCGAGACCUUCAAUCUUGAGGCAUAUUUAUUUCAUUAUGUGGAGAGAAGAGUGGGCCACCUUUUAGUUUAAAUAUAGAAAAUAACUCUUCUUAAAAUGGCAUUCAAAACUUUAAUGGAAUUUUAAAAAGUUGUCAAGAGUAAGAAGAAAACCAGCUUCACACAUAUAUACAUUUCAAAAUUGGAUCAAUGUUUUUAAACCUUUAAUGUGAUUUUUUUUAAACACACAAAAUCAAUGAAAAGUUGUGCAUUUGUCUUCAUGUCAUCAACUGUUUAUAUAGCAACAUUUACUCAUGUUUACUUCUGCCGCUUGAGGAAUUAUCAAAUCGACAUAACUGCCAAAUGUAACGCAGCAGUCAUUACUUCCUUUGGGUUUCUUCAUCGUAUGUUUGUUUUGGAUGUUACUCAAACCCGCUGAGCUGUCUCUGAUUGUGCCUCCCUUUUGGCAUGGAUUGCAUGAGUUGCGUGACUACAAUGCGAUCUAUUUGUCUUUCUACAUUUAUGUAAUACGUUUGGUGGGAAUUUUUAUAUCAUGGUGCAAAACCGUAGCAUUAGCUGCUCUUUUAUUCUGAUUAAAUGAGGGGCUUUCCAUCUUGAGAAUGAAUUAAACCAUAAUGUAUUUGUGUAUUGAUAACUACAUGAAUUAUUAGCAGUCGUACUCAAUUUCAUCAAACACUGUGUCUAAAGAGGCAACUUUCUUUACAUUUAAUUUUCCACUAAGAGACGUUUUUGAUCCUAUUACAUAGACUUUUAAGUGUUACUGAGAAGUUUACACGUAAAGGAAGUAUGUAUGCAUGGUUCAUUACUGGUGUUAGUCACAAGCAUAUGAAGUAUCAUAAGUUUGAAUGCAGAGACUCUGAGUUGCAUUCUCAGUGCUGAUUAACGUGGAUAAAAACAGGUCCUGUGAAGUUUGCACAAUAUUAUAGAGUCUGACAGCCGUCAACACCAAGGAGCAUCAAAGGAGUUCAGUAGUGAUUUGACUGAGGGUGCUCUCCAACUGCCAGGGUUCAUAAUAGAGUGUGAGGAGCUGGACAUGGUCCUCUCAAUAUUCUUCUCCGCCCCCAACAUGCAUGUAGUGGUCCAAACAGGAAGUCAAAAAGCAAAUAAGAGCACAUUUUAAAAUGUAAAAUUGAUUAAAAAUGAACUCUAGUUUUUGCAUCUAAAGUAGACCUUUGCUCUGGACACUCUUGACUGUUUAAAAUUCUCAUAGCUCAUCUGUGUUCCGUCGUUGAUCUUAUUACUUAGUGUAUUUUUGAGUAUGUGUAGGGGUCAGUGGGAGUGGUGACUAUGUAAGAAUGACCGCCACUGCUCUAUAUAUAGCACCCCCCACCUCCCCUCAUGGCUCUCUCGGGGCAGUGAAAUUCCAAACCGAGUCUUCUAGUCUGCAAACUUUAUUUAAAUACAACUGACAAGUAAAAGACGAGCAGAAGCCCCGAAGCAAUGAAGGAUUUUCAGCCAAUACCACUUUCUGCUGUGUGGACAGAUUUCGAAGCAACUGGCGCUGGGAAGUGACGGCUCACUUGUGGUCGAGAACAAGGAGAAACUGAUAGUUCGACUGAAGGCUCAUUUUGCUGUGAAGGUUGGGGCCAUACUCUCCACUUCAAGAUGGGAUAUGACUCAGCUCCUGGGGGUCUGAAGGAUUAACAAUUUCAAAUGUUUUGCUUGUGGAUUUACUGAACUUUGGAUUACUCUUCAUCUGGAUACUGGUGUCAUGGGUCUUGUCUUUCUGAAGGCAGGUUUAUUCUACCUGCUGGUUGUUUAUUGGUUGAUGGAGCUCUUCACCAACAAUGGCCACACACUGGCUUUUCAUUUGCGCCAUAGUGGAGUAGUUGAAUAAUAUGAUUUUGUUCCCUGGGGAUUCAUUUUUUUCUCAAUUAUGGAGUUGACCCACAUGUAGUGGACGAAUCCCGACCUGUCCAUUUGAUCAGAGUCAGUUCACCCAACCAUCCUGCCAAUAAUUUCCUUCAUCUGCCCGUCUUCGACAUGGAGGUGCCAACUAAAUGGAGCAGGGCCAGUGUCAUCAGCUUCAUCAAAGGCCUUGCCUCUCCAGUGGGACUGAAGCCGCCCGUCCCACCAGUCAGCGGAACCUUGGCAGAAAGGAAAGGUCCUGUCACCAUGGCACCUGUCAACGUGGACCCUGAGAGCAAGCCGGGCGAGUUUGUCCUCAAAAGCCUGUUUGCCAACUUCACAUUGCUCUCUGAGCGCAAGAUCCGCAUCAUCAUGGCGGAACCGCUGGAGAAACCACUUAACAAAUCUCUUCAGAGAGGGGAGGACCCACAGUUUGACCAGUUGAUCAGCAGUAUGAGUUCUUUAGCCGAGUACUGCCUUCCUUCCAUCCUCAAGACUCUGUUCGACUGGUACAAGAGGCAGAACGGCCUGGAGGAUGAGUCUCACGAGUAUAGACCCAGGGCAAACACUAAGUCGAAAAAUGAUGAGCAACAGAAGGACUACUUAUUGGAGCGCAGAGAUCUUGCAAUUGACUUCAUCUUCUCCCUUGUGCUGAUAGAGGUUUUAAAGCAGAUUCCUCUCCACCCUCUCUUGGACGGUCUCAUUCAAGAAGUUGUAAACUUGGCCUUCAAGCACUUCAAAUACAAAGAAGGCUAUCUGGGACCCAACACAGGCAACAUGCACAUUGUGGCUGACCUCUAUGCUGAAGUAGUCGGGGUCGUCGCCCAGUCGAGGUUUCCUGCUGUGAGAAAGAAGUUCAUCUCUGAGCUUAAGGAGCUGAGGCAGAAGGAGCAGAGCCCCUACGUCAUCCAGUCCACCAUCAGUCUCAUCAUGGGGCUCAAAUUCUUCCGCAUCAAAAUGUACCCUGUGGAAGACUUCGAAGCCUCCUUCCAGUUCAUGCAGGAGUGUGCGCAGUAUUUCCUUGAAGUGAAGGAUAAAGACAUUAAACACUCCUUAGCUGGGCUCUUUGUGGAAAUACUUGUACCUGUUGCUGCUACUGUGAAGAACGAGGUCAACGUACCAUGUCUGCGAAAUUUUGUAGAGAGCUUAUAUGACACCACACUGGACUUGUCCUCAAGGAAGAAGCACUCUCUGGCUCUCUAUCCUCUGGUGACCUGCCUGCUGUGUGUUAGUCAGAAACCAUUCUUCCUCAGCCGAUGGCACAUUUUCCUCAACAACUGCCUGUCAAACCUCAAGAAUAAAGACCCAAAGAUGGCACGAGUGGCUCUGGAAUCACUUUACAGACUACUUUGGGUUUAUAUGAUUCGCAUCAAGUGCGAGAGCAACACUGGAACACAAAGUCGUCUGACCUCAAUAACGUCAACACUGUUUCCUAAAGGAAGUCGCAGUGUUGUACCCCGAGACAUGCCACUCAAUAUCUUUGUUAAGAUCAUCCAGUUUAUUGCCCAGGAAAGACUUGAUUUUGCCAUGAAGGAGAUCAUCUUUGACCUUCUCAGCGUUGGGAAACCAGCCAAAGCUUUUAGUCUUAACCCAGAGCGAAUGAACAUAGGUCUGCGGGCGUUCCUGGUGAUCGCAGAUGCUCUGCAGCAGAAAGAUGGGGAACCUCCCAUGCCAAACACGGGGGCCACCCUUCCAUCUGGGAACUCUUUAAAAAAGAAGAAGACGUAUCUCAGCAAGACUCUGACUGAGGAAGAGGCCAAACUGAUAGGCAUGUCCUUGUACUACUCCCAGGUACGAAAGGCUCUGGACAAUAUCCUCAGACACUUGGACAAGGAAGUGGGUCGUUGCAUGAUGCUCACCAGCGUGCAAAUGCUCAACAAAGAACCAGAGGACAUGAUCACUGGCGAGCGGAAGCCUAAAAUUGACCUGUUCAGGACGUGUGUUGCAGCCAUUCCUCGUAUCCUCCCUGAUGGCAUGUCCAAACCUGAACUCAUCGACCUCCUUUCAAGACUGACGGUGCACAUGGACGACGAGUUACGUUUGAUAUCUCAGAAUUCCUUGCAAAGCUUGUUGCUGGACUUUUCUGACUGGAGGGAAGAUGUCCUGUUCGGCUACACUCAUUUCCUGCUGCGCGAGGUUCAAGACACCCAUCAGGGUCUGCAAGAUGCAUCUGUGAAGCUUCUUCUCCAGCUGCUCACACAGUGGAGGUUAGCUCUGCAGCUACAGGGGAAGAUACGAGGCGGUGUGGAGACAAGCCCGAGACUCCCAGACCGAAGUCCACAUUGCUCUGUACUGCAUGCUGUGGAGGGUCUGGCUCUGCUGCUGCUCUGCUCCUGUCAAACCAGCACAAGGAAGCUGGCAGUCGGUGUGUUAAGAGAAAUACGCUGCCUCUUCACAGCUCUAGGACAUGCUGAGGACGAUGACAAGCCCAUGAUUGAGGUCAUGGACCAGCUGAGCCCAGCAGUGAUGGACAGCAUUGUUCAUGUGGCUGUGUCAGACUCUUCUACACUACCACUGAAUCACCACGUCGACCUGCAGUGGCUCGUGGAGUGGACUGCCCGACUGGUCAGCAGUUCCUACGAUGUGAAGAGCCCGAGUCAUGUUUGGAUCUUUGCACAGUGUGUGAAGGACCCUUGGGUGCUGUGUCUGCACAUCUUCUUACGGCAGGAGCACCUUCCCAAACUCUGCCCGACCGCCCUGGGAUAUGCCUGGCCCUACGCUUUCACUCGUGUCCAGCUGCUGCUACCGCUGAUUGACCCAAACAGCCCUGUAAACGCCAAGAAGACCAGUACAGCUGGAUCCAGCGACAACUACAUGUCUUUGUGGCGUAACUAUCUGAUAAUGUGCCUUGGCGUGGCCAAGCCCAGCAUCAUGUCUCCAGGUCAUCUGAGGGCGUCCACUCCCGAAAUAACCGCCACUACACCUGAUGGAAGCGUCACCUAUGACAACAAGGUCAUUGGGACUCCGUCUGUUGCCUGGCUUCUGAAGCAGCUUGUCCCUCUGAUGAGAGCUGAGAGUCUGGAGAUCACUGAGCCCCUGGUGUUGGGGUUUGGAUGCACCAAUGCUCUGGUUUUCAGGGAACUUGUUGAAGAACUUCAUCCAUUAAUGAAAGAAGCCCUGGAGCGAAGACCUGAGAACAAGAAGCGCAGAGAGAGGAGGGAUCUUCUCAGGCUGCAGCUGCUGAGGAUCUUUGAACUUCUCGCGAAUGCUGGAGUUAUAAGUGACAGCACCAACGGAGCUCUGGAGCGGGAUUCUCUGGCGCUGGGUGCCCUGUUCCUGGAGUACGUGGACCUGACCCGGAUGCUUCUAGAAGCAGAAAACGAGAAGGAGCUGGAUGUGCUGAAAGACAUCAGAGCUCAUUUUAGCGGAAUGGUGGCCAACCUCAUCCAGUGUGUGCCUGUCCACCACAGGCGCUUCCUGUUCCCCCAGCAGUCCCUGCGGCAUCAUCUUUUCAUUCUCUUCAGCCAGUGGGCAGGACCGUUCAGCGUGAUGUUUACCCCUCUUGAUCGCUACAGUGACCGUAACCAUCAAAUCACUCGCUACCAGUACUGCGCUCUCAAGGCAAUGUCAGCUGUUCUGUGCUGUGGGCCAGUUUUCGACAACGUGGGGCUGUCGACUGACGGCUAUCUCUACAAAUGGCUGGACAACAUCUUAGCCUGUCAUGACAUCAGGGUGCACCGUCUUGGUUGUGAGGUUGUGAUUCUGCUUUUGGAAUUGAACCCAGACCAGAGUAAUCUUUUCAACUGGGCAGUGGACCGCUGCUUCACCGGAUCUUACCAGCUGGCGUCUGGCUGCUUCAAAGCUAUCGCUACAGUGUGCGGUAACAGGAAUUACCCCUGCGACCUUGUGACCUUGCUGAAUCUUGUCCUCUUCAAGGCCUCUGAUACCAGCAGGGAAAUAUAUGAGAUCUCAAUGCAGCUGAUGCAGGUGCUGGAGUCUAAGCUGUGUGCAUACUCGAAGCGAAUGGUUGAACAAAAGCCCGGAAACAUUCUCUACGGAACACAUGGACCGCUGCCCCCGCUGUACAGCGUCAACCUGUCUCAGCUCUCAAUUCAGCUGGCUAGCAUGUACCCGGAGCUCACCCUGCCUCUGUUCUCUGAAGUCAGCCAGCGGUUCCCCACCACACACUCUAACGGCAGACAGAUCAUGCUCUCGUACCUGCUUCCAUGGCUCAGCAACAUCGAGCUGGUGGACACUGGGUUACUUCCCCCAGCUUCCAGUCCCUGCACGCCGGACGAGGAGUGUCGCAGUCAGGGACAAGGCAUGGGAGUUUCUCCCAGUUUGAGAGGCAACGGCUGGGGGUCCUUACAAGCAACUUCUCUGGUGUUAAAUAACCUCAUGUUCAUGACUGCCAAGUAUGGAGACGAGGUUCCCGGGCCGGAGAUUGAAAGUGCGUGGAACGCUCUGGUGUCCAACGAGAGGUGGGGCAACAACCUGCGAAUCACACUGCAGUUUCUCAUCAGCCUGUGCGGAGUCAGCAGUGACACCACUCUGCUGCCUUACAUUAAGAAGGUGGUGAUCUACUUGUGUCGCAACAACACAAUCCAGACGAUGGAGGAGCUUCUGUUUGAGCUGCAGCAGACCGACCCGGUCAACCCGGUGGUCUUGCACUGUGACAACCCUCCUUUCUACCGCUUCGCUGCCAGCAAUAAAGCAUCAACCUCACAAACCGGAACCACAUCCAGCAGUAACACAGUUGUGGUCGGUCAGGACAACCUGGGAGACACAGAUGACUGCAAGAUGGUUCGAGACAGUGAUGAUCGGGCCAGAGCUCAUAACAGACUGGAGUCUCGCUACAGUAACAGUUCUGGAGGUUCAUACGAGGAUGAAAAGAGUGACCCGCUCCCACCGUACGCUGGCUGGCUACUCAGUGUUCUGGAGACCAAUCGUCCUCAGCCGUUGCCUAUGCCUGUUAACGGAGGCUGCUGGGCUCCACUGGUGGACUACCUGCCUGAAACCAUCACUCCCAGAGGACCCUUGCACAGGUGCAACAUAGCUGUGAUCUUCAUGACUGAAAUGGUGGUGGAUCACAGCGUCAGAGAAGACUGGGCUUUGCAUCUGCCACUGCUGCUACACGCCCUUUUUCUAGGUCUGGACCACUACAGGCCAGAAGUCUAUGAACACAGCAAAAGACUUCUGCUCCACCUACUGAUUGCUUUGUCAUGUAACAACAACUUCCAGGUCAUUGCUUCAGUCUUGAUGUUAACCAGAGAGAUCAGUGACAACAAGACUCUGACCAUCAAAUCCAGCUACCACUCUGAAUAUCAGCAGUCACAUGCUCCUGAUUUCCUCCGAGAGUGGCAGGCGUCUCCUGUAGCAGACUCUGGACUCAGCUCGACCUCCAACUCUUCCUCAGCCAGUCUGGGCGGAGGCAGCACGGCAGGCAGCGUGGGUAACUUGCCCCUUGUGACACCAGACGACUUGGAAGACCUGGAGGACACGCCGAAUGAAACUGACGAGAAGACCAACAAGCUCAUCGAGUUCCUCUCCACCAGUGCCUGGAGUACUGUGUUGUUGUUACUCAGAGCGCUGGGGCCACUGUGGCUGCAUGAGGACAUCACACCUAAGAACCCCAACUCCAAAAGUACAGAGCAACUUUCCAACUUUCUGCGCCAUGUCGUCUCCGUCUUCAAGGAAUCCAAAUCAGACUUCCACCUGGAGCAGCAGCUGAGCGAUGUCGCUCUGCAGACGGCUCUAUGCAGCUCGUCCCGGCACUACGCUGGUCGCUCCUUCCAGAUCUUCAGAGCCCUCAAACAACCAAUCAACAACCACGCUGUUGCAGAUUUGGUGUCCCGCCUGGUUGAAGUUGUGGGGGAGCAUGGAGAUGAGGUGCAGGGGUAUGUGAUGGAGGUGCUGCUGACGCUGGAGUCUGUAGUGGUUAAUCUUGCAGAAUGCCUUAAAAAUAGUGACCUCAUGGCGGCUCUAACAAGGACGUCUUCUCCCGACUUUGUAUUGAGUGACAAGCUGAUGAACAGGAAGAGCACAGGACAGCUAAACUUCCCUGGUCCGGGAUUCAUGGGUCUCUCAUCUCAACGCCACCAGCGCUCCUACUCUGUCCCUAAAAAGUUUGGCGAAUGCGGCUACCAGUCAUGCGAUCCUCCUCGCAGCGCCACGCUAGAUAGGAUACAGGCAUGCAACAGUCACGGUCUCGCCAGGGCUGGUAGAACUCCCGGGUCGUGCACAUCAUCAACGAAUCGGAUCGAUCCCAGUGUUUUAUCCGAUCCUGCUCACGUGUCACAUCCGUCGUCCAUCCUGGCUACCGUCUUCUGGGUCGCAGUUUCACUCAUGGAGUCGGACUUUGAGUUUGAAUAUCAAAUGUCACUUCGUCUUGUUCACAAACUCUUGUCAAAGGUUCCCCUGGACAGAGCUGAGAACCGCGAGCGCCUGGAGAAGCUGCAGGCCCAGUUGAGAUGGAGUGGAUUCUCUGGGAUUCAGCAGCUUCUGUUAAAGGGUUUCACCUCUCAGGCGACCUCUGACCUCACUCUACAGCUCUUCUGCCAGCUCACACCCGUCUCCCGAGUCCCGGUUGUCGACAGCUCCCAAUCUAUCGGUGAGGAUUUCAUUGUAUUAAUGACGUCCUUCUUGUCAAUUGUUAAGGGUCUUGUCCUCCAUGCAGGAUUCCCACUGAAUGUGCUGUGCCUGCUGCCUCACCUGGUGCAGCACUUCGGCCACCCCACUCAGUUCUGUAAAGAGAGCGCAGAGAGGAUCGCGCAGGUGUGUCUGGUCGAGAAACACACAAAGCUGAGCCAUCUAGCUCAUGUCAUGACUCUCUAUAAGACUCGCUCCUACACCAGGGACCCGUUCUCCUGGGUCAGCGUGGUGUGUCGCUACCUUCAUGAAGCUUUCUCUGACAUCACUCUCAACAUGGUGACCUACAUGGCUGAGUUGCUUGACAAAGGCCUACCCAGCAUGCAGCAGUCACUCCUUCAGAUUAUCUACUGUCUGCUUAGCCACAUGGACCUUACUGCCGUUCAAGUCAAACAGUUCAAUGCUGAUGUCACAAAAACAAUUGAGAAGUUUGUCCAGACGGUUCACUGGAAAGAUGCCUUAAACAUCUUAAAGCUGGUAGUGUCACGCUCCGCCAGCUUAGUCCACCCAGUCUAUGGCCACUCGCAGGGUGACCUCUCCAACCUGGAGGUCAGCCGGGUUUGGGACGGCUCCUCCAAGGCACUUCCUGGGAAAACACUGGAUUUCACUUUUGACAUAUCUGAGACACCGGUGAUUGGGCGUCGGUUUGAUGAGCUUCAAGGAUCCGGGGUCAGAGAGGGGAAAGCGCGAGCUAUGGCAGUGACACGCAGCACCUCAUCCACCUCCUCUGGAUCAAACUCCAACACCAUUCUGGUCCCGGUUAGCUGGAGGCGUCCCCAGUCUUCUCAGAAAAGAACAAGGGAGAAGCUGGUGAAUGUUUUGUCUCUCUGUGGACAAGAAGUUGGACUGACCAAGAAUCCCUCCGUGAUCUUCUCAUCCUGUGGUGACCUGGACAUGAUGGAGGUGCGUGAGAGCGGUGUGUCCUCAGAAGAAGGAGGAACUCGUGAAGACACGUUGGACGACACGGCCAGCGAGCAGCAGUUCAGAGUUUUCAGAGACUUUGACUUCCUGGAUGUGGAGCUUGAAGACGGCGAGGAGCUGCAGGGCGAGACCAUGGAUAACUUUAAUUGGGGGGUGCGGCGGCGGUCGCUGGAUAGCACAGAGCUGGGUGACCUCCUGGAGGAGAGCCAGCACUCAGGCAGCACGCCCAGCCUGGGUCACGAGGAUCCCCACGACUCCGAGGAGUCCUCUGAGGAAGAGGAGUCUUCAACAAGCCAGAGCCUGUCUCACUCUCAGCUGACAAAUCCAUCUCCAUCAGAUGAGACCAAUCACACCGACUCUCUGUCUACAUCCUACGACACGUCAGCCGACCCUCAAUCGCUAACCGCGACCACGCCAGGCCAGGGAGGACUCCACGAUGACCACAGCAGCUUGCUAUACUCACAGGUGAGAGGCUGCGGUGAGGACGAGGACACUCAGGCUCAGGACGACGAACUGUCGCUGAGCGCUCAUGAGCUCCCUCCAGGCUCAGACGGUGGAGACAGCUUCACCCUCGAGUUGCCAGGGCAACCUCAAGAUCAGCUUUUGAGUCGGGACCUGCGUGGAGACUACUGUCAGCCACCUCUGGACUUCCUCGACCCAAACUGUCUCCCCAGCUUACGUGACGAUGUAGAUGACUUGGAAGACCUUGGAUUUCCUCCUCCCCCUUCUCCGUUUUUUUCGGCUAUCUUGGCGGCGUUCCAGCCAGCAGUGUGUGACGACGCUGAGGAAGCAUGGCGCUGCCACGUCAACCAGCUGGUGACGGACUCGGAUGGGUCCAGCGCCGUCUACACUUUCCAAGUCUUCUCCUCACUCUUUAAGAACAUUCAGGGUAAAUUCUGCGUCCUCACCACUGAUGUCGCCACUUACCUCGGUGAGGGUCUGAGGGGCAUCGGCUCAAAGUUCCUCCGGUCAUCUCAGAUGCUCACAACCUGCUCUGAUUGUCCGACGAUCUACAUCGACGCAGACACGAUCAUGUCCUACGGUCUCCUUGAAAAGAUGAAGUUCAGUGCGCUUGAGCUGCAGGAGUAUUUAGACACUUACAACACCAAAGAGGAAGCCGCUGUAUCGUGGCUUAGAAACUGUAAAGACACAUUUCCCAGAUGCCCGGGUGACAGUGUUGUUACCUGCCAGCCUGGCGACUCAGAGGAAAAGCAAAUGGAGUCUCUUGCACAACUGGAGCUCUGUCAGAGGCUCUACAAGCUUCACUUCCAGCUGCUUCUGCUGUUCCAGUCCUACUGCUCACUCAUCGGCCAGGUGCACGCCAUCAGCUCUGUACCUGAGCUGCUCAACAUGUCUCGAGAACUCACCGAUCUCAAGUCCAGCCUGCAGGCGGCCGAGGCAGCGGUAGCCAGUGACCUGGAGCAGAAGCUGCUGGCUCACACUCACGCACAUGCGAGCCAGGUGGCAGCCAUGGUGGUGCCCAGCUUCCCCUCCUCCGAGGCGGCUGUGAAGGCCAUACUGGAGUGCCUUAAGAACCACGAGUUCACCAAAGCCGUCCGCUACAUUCAGGAGUGCAGGAGGAGGUGGCCGCACGGCGUGUUCGGCGGCAGCUCGGAGAGCGAGGUGCAGACUCUGCUCAACGUCUACUUCCGCCACCAGACCCUGGGUCAGACUGGUACCAUCGCUCUGGUGGGCUCCCGACAGGACCUCAGCCUGAUCUGCUCCAAACUCCUGGAGCUCAACGGAGAGAUCCGAGACAUGAUCCGCCGCGCGCAGGGUUACCGGGUCGUCACAACCUACCUCCCCGACUCCAGCGCCUCCGGGACAAGCCUCUGACAGGACCUCAGGAGCCCCCCGUCCCCGCCAUCCCCUCCAAAACCGCCCCCAUACCCGUCGCUGAAACUGAGCUCCGCUGCAGCUCCGUCAGCAGACGAGGUCCAGUACCCGCUCACAUGGCCACUACCGCCCCCUACCAAUCUACAACACUUCAACCCACAUCAUUUCUAAGUCCAAAUUCAUCCCCUCCAACCAUUUCAUCUUUGGACAAUAUUCCCAAUUUGUUCUCGUCGCAUGACCCCUCAUGUGGUCCUUCUCUGCCCCACACACGUCAACCACUAAGGAGCCAUUUGAUACGGAAUCAUUACAGCAGCAAAACAUCCAACCUGCUUCUGACCGUGGCUUCAGAACCUACCCUGCUCACAUCAUCCGACACUUCCCCCAUCGCCCGCCCUGGCUCCCAUCUGCCACAUUUUCCUCCGUCUCCCUACAAACACACUGGCUCAUCUCCAUUACCUCCACAUUCAUCCACCCCUCCUCCACCUGAUCCCUCCGGCUCCGGAGACACUGCUGCGUGGGGAUGCUGCUGCUCCCUCACCGGUGCUGCUGCACCUCUGUCUCGGUACCUUGGGAAGGUGGGACACACCGCCCUGCCCUUGCUGAAAGCUGGGGGGCUCCUGAAACCUGAACUGCCUGAUGUCCAAACCUGAGACCUUAACCAAAAUAUUUGACCUCCAAAGCAACCAAGGAAUUAAAAGAAGCCUGAGAUUCACCCCUGAACACGACCACUGCCUGCUGAUGGAGUCAUUCUUCGUUGUAAAUAAACAUUUUGACAGAACCCAAUCUGUCGUGUAACCGAGAAUCUGACCCUCAGCUUGGAUUUGGAACUCGACACCUGACUGAACUUGACGUUUUUUUUGCUGCCUCCUUCAGAUGGCCGGGAAUCCGGGCAGCUUCAGCUGAGACUUAUGGAAAACUGGCAGUUACUUCGCUGCACCGGUUUUCACAAUUGCACUAGAUUUUUUAAAAUGUCACAGAAAGAAGUUUGCUACUACAAGGGACGAGAGCUUUCGCAGAAAAGCCCCCUCUCGCUCGGAUUAUUAGACUUCCUUUGUAGGAAAAUUGUGCAAUGCAUGACCCAGUUGAAUGAUUCUACCGUACAGACGAAGUUGGACCUCUCAAGACUGAAUGAGACUUUUCAGAGUUGCUGUUUGUAUUCAGCCUUCUGGAUCGAGCUGAAACCAUCCGUAAUGUCAUUAUGCUGUUUCUCCGUAGACUUCUUGAAGGCUAGCUGUAGCAUUUUUCACACACUGUCCGACACUGUAACGCCUUCAUGUGCUUAGAGGACGGUGCAUGAAAACUUUGUCAAUAGUUUUGGGCACACAUCUGUCGUAGCAUUGUUCAUGUGAGGUAUGUAGUUGCACAUUAGCUGACAUUCAGCACUCAUUGAUGUUGAAAACUACUGAAAUCGUCCUGUGUCAACUCUUGUUACCCUCCCAAAUGUGGUUCCCCUCCAGCAGCUAAAUGCCCUUUUGCUGUACAGAUAUUUUUUUCUAUCUAUAAUUAGACUAAAAUCACUCUGGUUUUCUAUUUGUCUCAAAACUGCUGUGCAUGCAUCUGCUACUGUAUGGGGUGUUUGGAAUAUUUAUUAAGAUAUUUUAUCUGAAAGAUAUGUUUGUAUGAGGGACAAAAUGGAGCUUUGAGCUCAUGCAGGUAUGUUUCUUUUUUUCCUGUGUGUGUGUGUGAGAUGACGUGUGUGUACGUGUGCAUGCCAAACCAGAAAUUGCACAUUUUUAAAGGCUUUUUAGAUGAAGACUGUAGUUCUUUUUUUUCCACUUUGUAAAUAUUUUUGUGACGUUGUUUUGGUGCUCUGUACAAGUUGGUGUCAAAGUAAAGUACAUAUCAACAUUGAUUUUGUUCCAGAA